AAUGUUUUUAGCGGUGAGAGCAGUGAGUCUUGCAAGACGACUGCAAUGGCUGCGGCCACAACGACCAUCUGUUUCCGUUCGUUUCGUGCAAGUGAGCGAACGCCUCUGUCGUAAUUUUCUUUCCUCGGUAGUCACAACGAAUGCGGCUAAGUGCGAACGAUUGCUCAACGACACCCACGAGCUCCCGCACGCCAAACUUAAAAUGACAAUCCGCGACUGCGUGAGAAUUCGUCCAAUGCUAAACGCCGCAAGGGCGUGCAAUGGCGCGUUUCGCUGCGCGUCGAGUUCGAACACCGCGUCGUCGUCGGCCCUAGACAGCGCGUUCUCGCGUCCCAAGCUUCAGUCCUGUCUGGAGAGCAUCAAGAAGCUCAAGCUCGGCACCGUUCAGCCGGCCAGGCCCGAUGCCGAGAUCCGUCGCUCCUCGAUCCUCAUCCCCCUAUGCACCAGCAACGGUGGCAAGCCGUCCCUGCUGUUCACGCUUCGCUCGAAUCGACUGCCUCGUCACAAAGGGUACGUUUGCUUCCCUGGUGGCAUGGAGCACGCCGAAGACAUCGACCCCGUCGACACUGCGUUGAGGGAGACAGAAGAAGAACUGGGCGUCAGCAGAAGCAAGCUGGAGGUGAUCGGCACGUUUCCCACCUUCUACAAUCCGCGCGACAAGCUCUCCAUGACCGUGGUCUUGGGGAUGCUGGGCGAGGCCGGACGAGACGUCGACCUGCAAGCGGAUCUGAACGUCAACGACGCGGAAGUUCAGCUGGCCUUCGUGCGGACACUAGAAGAGUUGUGCGACCAGACGAAUCUUCGCUACACGCAGUUCAGAGGUCGGCACGGCGGCGACUAUGCCAUGCCGGUGUUUCUGGCGGGCCAGUUCAAGGUUUGGGGCCUCACGGCGAUGGUGUUGAACGCUUUUCUCAGGACGCUGCUGCCGGACGUGUACCACCACGAAGUGAGGUGCGUGGUGCUCAAGAAAAGUUUGUACCUCGAGGAUUAACGUUGUUUGUCGGUCCACGAAGCCGUUGGUUUAUCAUAGGAUCAGUUCGGUGUACGCAGAGAGGUGAUUGUGUAAAUGUUUGGUUGCGUGACGUUUAGUUUUGUUGUCAGUCGACGAAAGUUGAGUCAGUUGACACCGGUGACGAAAGUUGCGUUUAAUGUGCACGUUGAUGUUUGAAGUGCAUUCUUUGUUCGUCUUUCCAAUAAAGGCUGUCUUUUACUCUCUC